AUGCCGGGAACAAUUCUCGACCUCGAUACAGGCCUCCCAAUACCUUUGCAGUACGCCUCAGACAACACGUCAGGGGAAUGCCCAGACCGGUUCUUUCCCGUGCGCCUCGCCCGUCGCGGACUCUUUGCCCACAUGCUCGAAAUCUUUAAUUCGGGAAGUGAAUUCUCGCCGAGCAUGACGGCCGUGCGAGAUGUCAUGGAAGAGAAAUUUACCGGUAAAUUUGCAGAUCCCAAGAACCUCCGUGAAGUGAUGAACCGGCCUGGCCACGAAAAUGUGACGACGGCCUUCCGUCCGGGUUUAGAUGCGAAACGGCAGACAAGGAAGAUGAUGUCACGGUACUGGGAGAACUCGUCGCCUUUUUCCAUUGACCUUCUCAACUGGUUGCACUUUCCUGCAGCGCGAGACAUCGUGACAAAACUUUUGGAAAAGUACGCCCGUUUCGUCGAGGUCAUCGCUAUUGCCUCGUCCACGGAGGACAAAGUUGCCGUCCCAACACUCGACGUUGACCUCGCGUGGCACACGCACCAGCUCUCUCCUCAGUCCUACCUCGACUUCACACUCGCAAAGACGGGGGCGUUUGUAGAUCACAAUGACAAAGUUGACGAGGAUAGACUAAGCACAGCCUUUGAGUGGACAAGUAAGACGUACCAGGAAAAGUACGGUGACAUGUACUCCGAGUGCAAGUGCUGGUACUGCGAAAUUCUCGAAGGAUGGCAUGCAGCCUCCAAGGCUAACAAUGUGCCCAUGCCGCCAGCCGCCGAGUCUGCACAUGUCUCGUCGCAUCCGGCGGUGCACACCAACGAGACGACAGCGCAGCGAACAACGACACGUCCGUUGCGUUCUGAGUUCAGGAAUAGACUGGAGGAAACGCAUUCCAAGGCGCGCAAGAGGGCAAGCGAGACAUUCAAGGCGGAUUCUGAAAAGCGCAUGGGACCUCGCGGUGAAGAUAAGACGUCGUUCUGGGGUAAAGAUAUCGCCGUGGACGGACCUUGGGCAUCGGUCUUGGCCGCCGCGACAACGAGUGCCAUGUAUCCCGCUGGGCCAGGCUUCGUCAACAUGGGGCCCGGAGCUGUAGGUAGCUGCGCGACGGGAACGUGUGGAGGAGCUACUGGUUGCGGCUCCGAGUUGCUGGGCAUGUGCUCGGCAGGGUGUGUCGGGGUGAGUGGUCCUUCUUCGUUUGGUCAAGCUUAUUACGUUCUGCGGGAUAUCUCCCUCCCCUGCAAUCUUCUUAUCGCUGCCGAGGCUUGA